UUUCAUUCUCUCACUCUCUCCAUAUCACAAGCGCGCAGUGCAGUGUCCGUGUGGAAAUGCCGAAGCCAAUGGGAUGAGGAUGCGAUAAUAGAUGCAAAUUAUCGUGAAAAGACACUGCAAAAUAUGAAACAACUCAUUUGCGGCGGAGUAAAUCACAGAAAACUGUUUAUGAACUGGCACCCCAUACUGGAAUUGUAAUGCAGGAACACUUCAGUGGAAGAGAUUUUAUGGAAUCGGCAUGAUUGUGGCUUGAACAUUUAAAGGGUGCUUAAAAUACAACAUAUAUCUAUAUUUUGGGAAUCACUGAGCGUGGCUUCAACCGAGAAACACUGUGCUUUUAUUACUCCAGAACGACCGAGUCUUAAAACACAAACAACAACAACAACAACAACAACAACAAAAAGAUGAGUUCCUAUUUUGUCAAUUCUCUCUUCUCAAAAUACAAAAGUGGGGAUUCUUUGCGUCCCAAUUAUUACGAAUGUACAGGGUUCGCACAAGAUCUGGGAGGUAGACCCACUGUAGUUUAUGGACCGGGUACCGGAGGAACUUUCCAACAUCCGACUCAGAUACAGGAGUUUUACCACCAUGGUGCAUCCACGCUCUCCACUGCCCCUUACCAACAGAAUCCUUGCGCCGUAACCUGUCACGGAGAACCCGGCAACUUCUACGGGUACGAUGCGCUGCAAAGGCAAACUCUAUUCGGAACCCAAGACUCAGAUUUAGUCCAGUACAGCGACUGCAAGCUGACCGCGAACGGCAUCGGAGAGGAAGCAGAGAGCGCAGAGCAGAGUCCCUCUCCUACUCAACUCUUCCCGUGGAUGAGACCACAAGUAGCUGCCGGACGGAGGCGAGGCCGACAGACCUACAGCCGCUACCAGACACUGGAGCUGGAGAAAGAGUUUCUUUUCAACCCCUACCUGACCCGCAAGCGGCGGAUUGAGGUCUCGCACGCCCUGGGACUUACCGAGAGGCAGGUCAAAAUCUGGUUUCAGAACCGUCGAAUGAAAUGGAAAAAGGAGAACAACAAAGACAAAUUCCCCAGCAGCAAAUCGGAGCAGGAGGCGAUAGAGCAACAGAGGAAAGAAAAUGACCAAAACGAGGAGGCGCAGACGGCAGGAGAAGAAGACAGUGACAAAGCAAAACAAAUGUAGGACUACAAAUAUUGAAAUAAACACAGAGAAAGAGACUAAGAAUAACCAAUGCGGGCUUUCGUCUGAGAAACAUUGCAAUCCUCUACUGGCUGUUCCUGACUGGAAAUGGCGAGGACAAAUAAGAGGAGCAUCAUAAAUAUCAAUCGUAAUAAUAUGGUAUCAGAUGUAGGAUAUCAAUAAAUUAAAACUUACAAGAGGAAGUGAAGCGUUUCUACUUUUUACCUGAAGUUGUUGUAGUGUUAUGAAAUAGCCUCAUUUAUUUGUGGAACAAUUUAUGUGACGUUUUUAUUGUUAGGAUAUUAUCAAUAACAAUUACUUUGGCAGCUGUAUAGGUUUCUUAAGUUAAUUGGUGCACUUUUUGCUGUUCCUGUCCAUUGUUUUGAUGAAAUAACGUAACAAAUAACGUAGCAAAUGAAGAAUUCCAACAACAUGAAACUGCCUAUUUAUGCUGUAGGUGCUCUCUCUCUCUUUUUUUACGUUUGUCCUUAUUAGUCUGUUUCUGGUAUUGUGUUUUCCUUUCCUGGGUAAGCAUGCGCACAGUGCAAAAAUAAAAUAAAUAAAAAGGCUUCGUUUACUGUGAAACAGAAUGUGUACUGUACACGUGAAUUAGUUUAUGGGGAGGUGCUGAUAUACUUUAUUGUUCAUCGUCACUUUGUUCUAUUGUCUAACCCUGGAAACGGUAGAAGAGAAGGGGCUACAAUAAAGUUUACAGGCGAGAAUCCAUGACAUCA